AUGCUGCUCGAGGCCCCAACAAAUAGGGUGACAGAGGAGAAUUUGAUCGAUAGCGUGAGAGCAACAUAUGCCACGCUUGUGAUGCUUGAACGACAGUGUAUUGACACGGACAAGAUAAUGUCAGAAGGAACUCAAAAGAUAACGUCAGAAGAAUGGGAAUGUGCGCUGAAUAUGCACCAAUCGCUAUUAGCAGAGUUUCAUGAUUUCUUCAUUGUAACCCAACAUGAGUGUGCCAGCAAGGUGGUGAGAUGUCUUCCAAAUACAUACGCCAUGCCAGCUCGCCUUUGGAGGUAUAGCAUCCAUACGUUCUUGGAGCUGCUACGACAGAAUCUGCCAGGGUCUUUUGAUUUUAUGCUCGAAUUCGUUUAUAUCGCAUAUAGAGGGAUAGCUUUGCUGCUAGAUCAGCUCUCGGCAUUCAAGGAGGUCUGGAUUGAGUGUUUGGGGGAUCUAGCGAGGUAUCGCAUGGCGAUUGAGGACCAGGAUAUGGGAGACCGCAAGGUGUGGGCUCAAGUCUCGCGCCGCUGGUAUAAUGAAGAUGCAAACCUUAGGCCAGGCGUCGGUCGAAUUCAGCAUCAUCUGGCGGUACUAUCUCGGCCAGAUUAUCUACAGCAACUCUUUUACUACACAAAGGCACUUGUCAGUCCUCAACGGUUCGACAAUGCCCAGGAAGGAGUCAACAUAGUUUUCAGUCUACAUGAGAAAUACUCUUUUAACCAGCAUACACUGGUGACUGCUUUUAUCACCACACACAGAAUUUUGUUCAAAGAAGACCUCAAUGAAAAAGGCCAUAUGGAACACUUUAUUGCUAUGGCAAAUCACUUCUUGUCACUUUUACGGGAUGGAUUUUGUCAGCUAGAGCAGCGGAGACAAUAUGGGGUCUAUAUCAUGUCCUCCAACUUUGCCUCGAUGCUUGAAUAUGGCAAGCCAGAGUCAAUAAUCGCAUCUAAAAUCGCCGAAAUCACACACGCAAGCACUGACGAAGCAUAUACACAUGCGCUUACAUGCUCUUAUAACGAUCCGGUACAGAUUCCACCAGUACCCACUGCCUUCCAUGGAAGUUGUCUUUCUUUCCACACUCUUUCUGUCCUACUUGAUCGGCCAGGCGACCCCGAUAUUUACCCGGGUUUCCAUACCUCAUUAGCGAUGAUCUGGUGUCUUUCCCUCCAGCCACCACUCAUGCAACACCUCCAGCACAUGAUUCCCUGGUUAGCAAUUGUCCGUUGUCUCAACACCAUCUUUUCUAAUUGUAGCGAUACUUUACCCCCGAUCAUUGAAGACCGCGCUUUCCCAACAUUCAGCUAUGGAACACUCCGUGAAGAUUUCCUUAUUCGCGCUCAAACAUGGAGUCGGCUAUACUACCCAAAGAAGUUUUUCGAAAAUGCUAUUUCAGAAGACGACAGACCAUUUACUGAAGAGGCAGAAGCGACAGACGUCAGACAGUACAGGUGCUUAUGGUUAGGAAUUCGGAUUGCAUCGGCCCUCGAUGCACAUAGUGGCCUACUGUAG